AUGGUCAAGAAGCGAGCGUCCAAUGGACGCAACAAGAGUGGACGGGGCCACGUCAAGCCGAUUCGAUGCUCCAACUGCUCCCGCUGCACGCCCAAGGACAAGGCCAUCAAGAGAUUCACCAUCCGCAACAUGGUCGAGUCCGCUGCUAUCCGUGAUAUUUCCGAUGCCUCAGUCUUCACCGACUACGCCGUCCCGAAGAUGUAUUUGAAGCUUCAAUAUUGCGUCUCCUGCGCCAUUCACGGCAAGAUCGUGCGUGUGCGAUCAAGAGAAGGUCGACGAAACCGUGCCCCCCCUCCAAGAAUCCGAUACAACAAGGAUGGCAAGAAGGUCAACCCCCAACAAGCCGCAGCAAAGACCACCCAGGCAUAA